CGACAGCCAGUUUGCUUUUGUGUCUGAUUUUGUGUCUGACACUCGCGCGCGUUCGUUUAGCGGCAGCCGCCACACGCGACUUUUUCACCGCAUUUUCGCGAGACUCCAAAAUCGAGACAAUUUUGCCGACGCCCCCAACAGGCAGAGAGACAACAGCAAGAGAGUGAGCGAAAGAGAGCAAGAGAGUUGGGGGGCAACCCGGCAAUUAGACGCCUUUAGCCGCUCGCAUAAUGCUAAUGGCGUUGACAGUGCUCAUCAACGCGACGACCGCAAUCGACGGACGUUGUCAACGCAGUCGCUGUCUCUAUUGCAGUUGCUGUCAAUUGACCCGUGAAGCGCGACGGCUACGCUCAAGCAGCGCCAUUGACAGCAACGUUAUCGCUAUCGCUAUUGCUAUUGCUAUUGAAAACCCGCAUCAGUUUAUCAAUGUCAACGGCGGAUGCCAAUCGUUGAUGCAUUAAAAACUCAACUCUUCCAAACUCCAUUCAUGUGCAAAACUCAACGCUGACCACUGACCGACCCCUCAAAUUGUCAGUGUGCGGUGUGUAUUUGUUUGUGUGUGUGUGUGUGUGACCCUUGUGCGGCAUCAAUUCAAUUAGCGACGCUCUCCAAAUGGUCACGUGCGGUCGUCAGACGUUCAACAUGCUGCCGAUGGCGCCGACGAAUCCUUUUGUGGUGUCCGUCAGCUCCACAACAGCGUCCGCAGCACCGUCCGCCGUGUCCGUCGCCGCCGCCGCCAAGCCCAAGCUGGCCUUUAGCAUUGACUCCAUUGUGGGUGCGGAAUCCUCCUCCACUUCGGCACCGCCAGAAAAGCAGCUACCAUCGCUGCUGCUGCCUCCGCCGCUGCGUGUCAGUGUCAUUGCAUCGCCGCCACGCGUGGAAAGUCCUGGGGUGGCAGCCACAUCGCCACCCAUCGAAAGGCGCACACCACGCGGCUUCAUUUAUUGCCGGCGACGCGCCUCCCUCGAUGAUCGUUCGCGUUCUCCGCCGCCGCCAAACAGUCGCUCUCCAUCGCCAACGCCAGCAACCGCUGCUGCAGUGGCCACCACGGCGCCCAUUGUGCUGCCUGGACUAAUACGUCCACUGCCGUUGCCAGCGCCACAGAAUUUAGCUUUACUUGCUGCUGCGCCACGCUCCUCGGACAGCGCAUCGCCCACGAAUCCUUCACCAGUUCGUCCCACAGCUGCGGCGCCCCCAUCGCCAUUCCUCGCCGCACAGUUCCAAAUGGCCGCCGCCUUGGCGCAUCAUCAUCAUCAUCAGCAGCAACAGCAACAACAGCAACAGCAUCCUCAGCUUCCGUCCGUGCCAACGGGGCCACAUCAUGGCCCACCACCGCCACAUUUGCCACCUGGUCAUCCAUUGGGUAUUUUCCCAGGUGGUCCACAUCCGGGACAUCCUCCGCCCCAUGGUCAUCAUCCAUUUGUGGCGGCUCCUCAUCUCAUACGUGAUAGUUAUCCGCUGUAUCCUUGGCUGCUCAGUCGUCACGGACGCAUCUUUCCUCGUUUUCCAGGCAACUUCCUGCUGCAACCGUUUCGCAAACCGAAGCGCGUUCGCACCGCCUUCUCGCCGACGCAAUUGCUCAAGCUGGAGCACGCCUUUGAGGGCAAUCAUUAUGUGGUGGGUGCGGAGCGCAAGCAGCUGGCCCAAGGACUCAGUCUAACAGAGACGCAGGUCAAAGUCUGGUUCCAGAACCGUCGCACCAAGCACAAGCGCAUGCAACAAGAGGGCGGCGACAGCAGCGAUGCCAAGAGCAACAAGGGCAGCUCCUCCGGCGGUGGCGGCGGCGGUGGCAGCGGCGAUGGUGACGACGAUGCCAAGCAUGAGCAUGGCUCUCAGCACAGCUCGACGGAUGUGGAGGACGAGGAUGACAUCGAGGAGGAUGACGAGGAUGAGGUGAUCGAUAUGGAUGACUAUGGCAGUGAAAUGGAUGCCGAGGAGCAUCAGCGUCUGCGAGAGCAAUUCCAGCAGCAACUCGCCCAUCAUCAGCAGCAAUUGCUGCAGCAGCAGACAGAGGCAACUGCGCUGACACCGCAGCAGCAACAUCAACUGCUGCAGCAGCAUCAGCAUCACUUGCAGCAGCAACAUCAACAGCAGCAGCAACAUUUCAUGCAACAGCAGCAAAUCUAUCUGCUCGAGAAGGAGCGAGAGCGUCAACGGGAACGUGAGAGAGAGCGGGAGAGGGAGGAAAAGCAGUAAUACUCAAUGAAGUUGCAGUUGAUAUUGAAUGACGCUAAAGUGUCAGCUACUUUGUGUUCCUUUCGUUUGUAAAUUAAUUAUUUUAAAGUGUAUAAAUUAAUUUAAUACAUUAAUUAACGAUGAUACUUAAGAUGCGACUGCGCAUGCAAUUAAACCAUUCAAACU